CGUUUUGGUUCAGAGUCGUCGAGCGGGUCCAUUGCUUGGUUCAGUGUCCGUUCAUGUAGCCUACUCCGUUGUGUGUCUGCCGGAUUGAUUGUAUUUCAUUCGGUCGCGAGGGGGGGCUUAUGUUUCACUUGAGGUUGGGAUUGCUGCAGUGGGGGAGGAUUCCGCGAAGGAGUCAAGUACUUAAUUGGGGCUUUGAUACGUUCGUUAACACUAACAUUGAUGAUAGGAUGGCAGUGAUAGCAAUUGGUUCGAACCAUCUCUAAGGUUCUUGGGUGUACCGAAAGUUCUUGCUUGGGUGGAUAUUGUCUCAGUGCUGAAUUUGAAGUGGUUUAACUUAUUAAUUACUAAUUGGGGUAUGGGCUGUCAGAGGAAGAAGCUUGAGGGGUUCGAUGUUGGCAGAUACGGUGAUUGAUGAAGAUUUGGUUUAGAGGCUGUCGCUUUAGCUCAUUCGUGAAAUUUAAUGGGUGGAAAUGUUACCGGAUUUCCUGUACUGUCCACAUUUUUGUUUUUUGUUUUGUUUUUUUUUCAAGUUUUAGGCUAGAAUCACUCUGCUGGAAAUGUUAGAUGUACUGAGCACUGUUAAUUGAAGAUUGGCGGUUGAAAGGAGAAGCAUUUGGGGCAAAAUAUAAAGGAUGUUUGGAUUGGUAUUGAAACUUUAUGGAAAGCGUAGUUAGCAGCUUGUAAUUUAUAAUAAUUCUUUUACUUUUUUCGAUGGAGUCAUUCCAGGAUUGAAGCAAAAAGAGUGAUCCCGUGAGAUGGAUUUAUCAGGAGUUUACCAAUCACGUUUCUUUCUAUGAGCCUUCAAAAUUCCCUCAAAUCUGCUAUUGAGAAAUCCGUGAAUUUAUUUCUUUAUAGCAUCUAUGGAAAUCGCCUCCUUGGUUAAUGCAUGGAUAUUUCAGUCCCGAGAAGUCCCAGUGGUUUUUGCUUCUCCGCCAACCCCGUUUCUGUCGGAGGGAUUAUAUGAUUCAUUCAGUCGCAAAGGGGGGCUUAUGUUUCACUUGAGAUUGGGAUUGUUGCAGUGGUGUAGGAUUCUGUGAAGGAAUCAAGUCACGUACUUAAUUGGAGCUUUGAUACGUUCGUUAACACUAACAUUGAUGAUAGGAUAGCAGUCACAGCAGUUGCCAUGAGCCAUCUCUAAGGUUCUUGGGCGUACCAAAAGUUCUUGCUUGGGUGGAUUUCGCCUAGUGUUGAAUUUGAAGUGGUCUAACUUAUCCUUUACCAAUUGGGGAAUGGGCUGUCAGAGGAAGAAGCUUGAGGGGUUUAGAGACUGUGAUGAUUGCUUUAGCUCAUUUGUGAAAUUAAUGGUUUAAACUGGGUGAUUAUCUUACUUGCUUACCUUUACUAUCCAUGUUUAUUUACAAUUUUUAGUCUAGAAUCACUCUCCUGGAAAUGUUAGAUGUAUUAGGUGCUGUUAAUUGAAGUUUGGCGGUUAAAAAGAGAAGCGUUUGGGGCAAAAUAUAAAGGAUGUUGGGAUUGGUAUUGAGACUUUAGCAGCUUGUAAUUUAUAGUAAUUCUUUUGCUUAUUUCGAUGGAGUCAUCCCGGGAUUCAAGCAUCAAAGAGUGAUUCUGUGAGAUGGAUUAUCAGGAGUUUACCUGUCCCGUUUCUUUCUAUGAGCCUUCAAAAUCCCCUCAAAUCUGCUAUUGGGAAAUCCAUGAAUUUCUUUCUUCACAGCAUCUAUGGAAGUCGCUUCCUUGCUAAAUGCAUAGAUAUUUCAGUCUUGAGAAGCCCCAAAGGUGUUGGUGAAGUUAUGUCUUCCGACUCUGGGAAAGAUAAUGCAUCUGUUGUUGAUUCAUCAGUAACGGAAGGGAAACAUGACAUUGGGACUUUUGAUGAUCCAGAAAGCACAAGCAACAAAAGGAAUGGGGAUUGUUAUCCUUCUAGAUCAGAAGAACGAAGGCGCUGUCAUGAUAAAAUGGAAGACUCACUUGCCAACAAAAAUCAGAAAUGGUAUAGCACAAGAUAUUUCGUCAUUAAGAGUUUGAAUUAUCAAAAUAUUCAGCUGUCAAUAGAGAGAGGAAUAUGGGCUACUCAGGUCAUGAAUGAACCAAUUCUGGAAGAAGCCUUUAAUAAUUCUGGAAAAGUAAUUCUAAUAUUUAGCGUCAACAUGAGCGGGUUCUUUCAAGGAUAUGCUCAAAUGAUUUCUUCUAUUGGGUGGAGGCGAGACAAUGUUUGGAGUCAAGGAAAUGGUAGAAGUAAUCCUUGGGGCCGCAGUUUUAAGGUCAAAUGGCUGCGUUUAAGUGAGCUGCCAUUCCAAAAGACCCUUCAUCUGAGGAAUCCAUUAAAUGAUAAUAAACCUGUCAAAAUUAGCAGAGACUGCCAGGAGUUACCCCAGGACAUUGGAGAAGCUCUUUGCGAGCUUCUUGAUGGAAACAUGGAUGUGCAUGGAGAUAUAAGAAGGACUUCGGUGGAUUCUCCAUGUUCUUCUCGGGAUGAAGAGUACGGCGGACCUCCAGUGCAUAUGUCAUGGUCUUCAUUGCCCGUGUCUUAUCCUUCUGUAAUGUAUCAGCAACAACCUGAAGCCGGCAGAUCUAAUUACCAGAACCAGAGAUCAGCUGGGAUUUUGCCUUCUGAGAAUUUAUUGGUGGCUUCUGGUUCAUCAAAAGUAACAAAGCCGAAAGAUUCUCGCAUCAACAGAAAUCUUCCUGCUCUAGAAGUGGGUAGGGAAAUGUCUUCUCGGGGUGAUGUGUGGGGUCUCUCCACUGAUAGCCCACUCGCAAGUACCCUGACUGAAGAUGAUUUUCUUGAUAUGUCAUAUGAAGAGUAUCUGGAGUUCCAUGGCAGAAGCAGCAGACAACUCGCUCCUGCAAUCGGAUCCUCUUGGACACCAAAGGAAUCACCGAGAAAUAGGAAGCAAGACAGUGAACUCGCAUCUGAACAGAGCCGCUCCCGCAAAAGAGCUCACCAUUCAUCCCAGAGAUAAAUGCAGUUCAAAGAUUGGAGCCCCCUGCUCUGAUAUCCCAAGUUCCUCUCUGCUGCAGCUGAAGCAUUUGCGACUGACGACGGCCAUUGUUCUCAAUCAUAGUAAUACGGCUGCAAAGUCUGUACUGGUUACUUUGUAUGUUGUUCCAUUGUAUGCCAAACAUUGACUUAUUCUGGGGACAAUGGCAACGCUGUACAUAUUUCGAUUUGGUAGAAAACGUCCCCGAUAACUGUUUCACCCUUCGUUGCCUCGGAGGGCAUUCUUGUCUUUGUACAUCUCCGUGGAGUGUACUCGGGGAUGCUGAAUGUUAUAUGGCGGGACAUGGCAUAGUCAGAUUAAUGGUGUAAAUUGGUUCUACUUGUGAUCCUUCUAACAUGCUUUGUGUUGGGAGAGAUUAUUCGGUGAUCUUACCUCGC